AUGUUACAACCCAGACUGCUGGCCCCGUUCCGGGUGCUGGAGAGGGCAAUUGCCCCUUCUCUCCGGGCCGCUCAGCCCAUCUCUCGCCCUUCGUCAUCCAUCCUCCCUCGAACCAUCUCCGCACCCACGCCGUUCUCCAAAUCCCUCCUCCCCUUGUCUCACGUCCGUCACGCCUCCCACGCUACCCAGGGAGCAGCAAAUCGUCACUCCCGUGAUCCGGCCGGAAAACGUCUCGGCGCGAAGCGCACCGGCGGCGAAUACGUGGUGCCCGGAUGCAUCAUCUUCAAACAGCGCGGCACGAAAUGGUUUGCCGGCGAGAACUGCGCCAUUGGCAGAGACCACACCAUCUACGCCACCGAGGCGGGCUAUGUGCGCUACUACCUCGACCCGGAGCGACACUCGGAGCGGAAGUACAUCGGAGUUGUCUUCGAGAAGGACGGGAAACUGCCGACGCCUCGCAACGCCCCGACCCGACGGAAGUUGAACUGCGUUGCGAUUGCCCGCACGCCAGAUGUGACCGCUGAGCCUCAGUCGGAUCUGGUGGCGACGACCGGAGAGAACGGCACCAUGGUUGCGAGCGUGCAGGCCGCCGACGCGGCCACCGGAGCCCAGCUGCGUCCGGGAUACAUGUACCGUCAGGCCAAUUGGCAGAUUGGUCGCGCGGCCGAGAAGGCUGGCGUCACGGCCAAAUCGUACAACCGCAACAACCGAUGGAUGGCGUGGAGGAAGAGACAGGCUCGGGCGCAGCGUGCUGCCCAGAUGAAGAGUCUGAAGAACAAGAAGUCGUCGAAGAAGGGCAAGGGUGGCCGUUAA